ACAACUCGAACGUUUGCAAACGAUCCUUGAUUCCCUUCGACUCGACUCUACGACAUCAUGACGCCUACACCUACACUACUAACACCCAGCCAGACCAAAUCCAUCACGGACGAUUUGGUGUGCCCCAUCAGUUUGGAAUUGCCAUGGGAUCCGGUUGUGGCAGAGGAUGGGCGCAUUUAUGAUAGAUCUUCCAUUGAGGAACACUUUCAAACACACGCUGGAGAAUAUCUCAAAUCACCCAUGACCAACGAAAAAAUGGGACAAAAACUCUUGUCGGCCGUUCAGCACCGCAACACUAUUGACGUCUUGGUAGAAUCCGGUGUCAUUGGUGGGGACUUGGCCGCCAAAUGGAAUGAAAAGCUCCAACAAAAGAAAGAACUGGCGGAGUUACUCAAGCAGGCAGAAGCAGGAGAUCCAGUUGCCAUGUAUGAUAUUGGCGUAUGCUAUGGACAAGGCCGUGGUUGCAAGAAAGAUCACGAGGCAGCCUUGCAGUGGUUCCAAAAAGCUCAUCAAGCUGGGAAUGUCUGUGGCACAGCAUCGAUCGGGUUGCACUAUUUGGAAGGUCAGGUUGUGCCAAAGUGCUUGAAAAAGGGCAUGAUGUACAUUACUCUUGCAGCUGGUCAAGGUUCCGACAGUGGAGCCUAUCAUUUGGGAUUGGCAUUGGCGGAGGGCAAGUUUGGUAUGGUGGUGGACAAAGAAGAAGCCAUCUAUUGGCUAGAAAAGUCAGUGGGAGAGUGUUCCUACAUGCAUUUGAGUAGUGACGCUGUGGCUGCAGCGGAGAAGAAGAUCAAAAACCUCAAAGCUACGACAGAAACAGCCGCAACCGACGAAGAAUGAGGCAUGAAGCUUCCGAGCUGGUCUAUAAUCUACAUUAAACUUAUCAUAGCAUUCAAAACUAAGAUAGGCUAUAGCCUGACCGUUGCAUAAAA